CACUUAAUUGCAACAGACCAAAAAUUACUCAACUAUGCCUUAAUUUUAAAUUUGCCUUUUUUCCAGAAAACCAAAUGCUUAAACCCUCCAAGAACGGCCAAAAGGGUUGAAUUAUAUAUAAAAGAAUGUCAAGAAGACGUCAAGAAUAAAUUGAUAAAAGAAGCUUAUCAAAUUUUGAAAGACGAAGGCAACGAUGAUGAAAAAUUAAUUGAAGAUGACUAUGGUGAUGAGAGUUUUGAUCCACAUUCAUAUGACUAUCCUGAUAACCAUCACGAUAGACUUAUGCGAGCCAAAAGAAGAAGCUAUAGCCACAUUUACCAUCCGACAUUGGUUCCAUAUGAAGACAAACGUAUUGCUGGGUGCCUGCUGCAUUGCGUGUAUGCAAAAAACAAUGCUAUCGACCAAAUGGGAUGGCCAACACUAGAUGGCCUUGUAGACUUCUAUUCGGAGGGUGUCAACGAACAUGGAUUUUUUAUGGCAACUCUGCGAGCUGUUAACCAGUGUUUAAAUGUUGUUACUGUUAAAUAUCAUGUUAAUCGACGAAAAUUACCCGAAAAGGGCCAAAGUUGUGACUUGGCGUUUGAUGUUUUCGACUGUAUUUCGGAUCAAAUCACUGGCUAUUGUUUGGACCACUUCCGGCAAGCAUGAUAAUAUAAUAAUGAUAUGGGAAUAUUUUUUCCCAUAAAGGUUUUAUGUGUUUUUUAUGAAUGAAAAACAAAGCACAGUUACCAA